AUGGCCGCCCCCCGCCAGCAGCAGCAACAGCAGCAGCAGCAGCAGCAGCCGUACGAGCUCCGCCCGACCCUCGAGGCCCUCCACCACCCCCCCGCCCGCCAGGCCCUUGCGGCCGCCAUCUCGGCCGCCAUCUUGGCCGGCCGUUGGGACCUCUUCAACGCCCUGCUGGCCCCGUUCUUCGCCGAGCAGCGCGCGCAAGAUGCUGCCGCUGCCGCUGCCGCCGCCGCCAACGCCCGCGCUCAGGCCCGCGCCCGCGCCCUCGCCCGCGCCCUCGCCCUCGCCCACGCCAACGCCGACGCGGUCCCGCGGAUGCUGAACCAGCGGCGGCAAGGCAUCAAGGUGGAGGAGGGGGAGGAGGAGGAGGAGGUUGCUGGGGAGGGGAGGGAGACGAGGAAGGAGAAGAAGCGGAGGAAGAGGAGGGGGAGGAAGGAGAGGAAGAGGAUGGAGAGGAAAGGGGGGCAGGAGGGGAUGGGGGGUGGGGAGGAGGAGGAGUGA